GUGUUGCCCGCCGAAAAGAAAACUCGGCUGGUUCAUGGCCCCAGACAGUGACUAUGUAGCAAAGACUUGAGACACAACUCAGCUGCCAGAACCGUUGAGGGCGGCACAGAUUGAGUACCAAAAAAUGGACACUGUGGGAGUUGAACCCACGACCUUACGCAAUCACGGUUUGCGAAGCGUACGCGCUACCAACUGUGCCAAGGGCCCGCGUGUGCUAAAUGACCUAAGCAAUACAUCAUUGGCUGAAUCAUUGCAGCUUGCAAUUGGGACUCGACCACGUCCGUUUCCUACUCAAGUGUCUUACGGAUGGACAUUGAUUAUAUUGAAAACGAAAUCUCCCAAUUGCAACCUCCCGCAAUCCAGAGGAGACGAAUCCGACCAGUGGACGAUGCUCAUCCUUUUGAUCUAGACGCAUACAUCUCGGGAUAUUCUGGUCGUACUGCAUUUGACAGGCUUGUCCACAUUAUCUCAACAUGUCCGACUUUGGCACCACAGGCACUAAAGCUGGCGUUCGCGCAGAUCGAGGGGCUUCGCGAUCCAACCCUUUAUCAGACUGCGAUGAACGCAUAUGAUGCUGUGGCGGACCUUCCAGAGGUGCAGCUCCCUCCUAGCGAGUUUUGUUCAGUGAAUACGGUGUGGUGCGAAGAAGUUACGAAAAAGAAUCAAGCGGAGAGAACGAAGCUGGAGGUUGAGCUGAAGACGUAUUCUAACAAUAUGAUUAAAGAGAGCAUAAGGAUGGGCCAUAGGGACCUCGGUGAUUUCUACCGCGCUACUGGAGACUAUACCCAAGCACUCAAACAUUAUACGAAAUCAAGGGAGUUCUGCUCAACCAGCCAGCACGUGCUUGACAUGUGUCUUUCUGUGCUAGAGCUUGUGAUCGAACAACGCAAUUACUCACACAUAUCUUCCUACGUCUUUAAGGCGGAGGGCGCACUUGAUACGGCAAGCGCAGCAGCAGCAUCCAACACUGCUCCUGGUUCCAACAACAUCUCAGCUGCCCCGCCACCUAAAAGGUCAGCAGAGCGUGACCAAGUACAGUCCAAGCUGGACUUUGCGAUGGCUUUGUUUCAACUGGGGCAAGCCAACUAUGAAAAAGCUGCCCAACUUUUCCUGAAGAUUGGCCCUCCGGAUUCUCUUGGUGAUUGGAUUGGCAAGCUUGUCGCUCCCGGUGAUUUUGCGAUAUAUGGGACUCUAUGUGCUCUUGCUAGCAUGUCGCGAUCGGCAAUCAAGUCUCAACUUACGGGAAACGCUAUUUUCUCUGCGUACAUUGAGCAAGAACCAUAUGUUCGAGACUUGACCCAGUCAUAUCUUUCAAGCGAUUUCAAAAACGUCCUGGAGCUUCUUGAGCGGUACUCGACGCGCCAUUAUGUGGACAUUCAUAUGUACUCACAUGUAUAUGACCUGACGAACCUCAUUCGUAAUGUUGCGGUCGUGCUUUACUUCCAGCCAUUCCAGACCAUUCGCCUCGACAGAAUGAGCGCCGCAUUCGGCUGGACCGUCGAUGAAGUUGAGAAGGAGGUAGUUGCGCUCAUUCAAAGCGGUCAGAUCCAAGGCCGAGUUGACAGUCAGAACAAGGCUAGUGAAGCUUCGAGAAAGGUGGAUCAUAGAGCCGAAUUGUUCGCGCGUGCCAUAAAUACCGCUGCUGAGAUACAAAGUACCAAUCGCAAGCUACUGCUACGGAUGCGUUUGUGA